AUGAAGGGACAAAUCAGACGACUAGGUAAGAACCCAGAAUUACUGAAGGAAUAUGACACUAUCAUUAAGGCCCAAGAAGAGUUAGGCAUCAUAGAGAGGGUAGGAAAAGAUAGUGUGAUUAAUUCUCAUGCCAAAAUACAUUACAUGCCUCAUCAAGCUGUCGUGCGAAAGGAUGCCAAGACGACAAAGGUUAGAGUGGUUUAUGACGCAAGCGCUAAAGUACUCAAGUCAAGUGUCUCUUUGAAUGAUUGUUUGCAUAUCGGACCUUCACUUAAUCCACUUUUGUUUGAUAUUCUGCUUAGGUUCCGUGAGCAAAGAAUAGCGCUAAUAGCGGACAUAGAGAAGGCCUUCCUAAACAUUGAAGUGCACGAAAGGGAUCGAGAUAGCCUAAGAAAAACUGCUAAAAGCUUUUACGUGGACGAUCUUGCCAGCGGUGAAUCUAGUACAGAGCGAGCGUAUCAGCUAUAUCGUAAGGCCAACGAACGCAUGAAUGAAGGCGGAUUUAAGUUACGCAAAUGGCGGACUAAUGAUAGUGCGUUAAGAUCGCAAAUUGAAGAAGAUGUGCGUGACGUGGAAAGUAGUUGCGUUGAUGAGCAAACGUAUGCGAAAACCACGCUUGCUCAAGCACAGGGUCAAUUUGGGCUCUUGAGUCCUACGAUUGUUAAAGCUAAAAUUCUCUUUCAAGAUAUUUGUUACAGUGGCGUGGAUUGGGACGAUACAUUGCCUAAAAGUGUGAAAGAGAAGUGGGAGAAGUGGUUGAGAGAUCUAAAGGAGUUGAUUGCCAGCAAAACAAGAGUAGCCCCGAUGAAAGAACUUAGUAUUCCGCGGUUAGAAUUAAUGGCAGCUAGAAUAUUGGCUCAUUUAAUGUCUGCAGUCAGGAAAGCGUUAGAGUCAGAGUAUAAUUUUGAGGGCGUUAAGUAUUGCACUGAUAGUAUGACUGUUUUGUAUUGGAUAGUCAACUCAGGCAAUUGGAAGCAAUUUGUUCAGCAUAGAGUUGACGAAAUAUUAAGGCUUAGUUCAAAAACAGAGUGGAGUCAUUGUCCAGGUAAGGAAAACCCUGCAGAUUUAGGGUCGCGAGGGGUCUUGAUGACUGAGUUAAAGAACGCGGAGGUUUGGUGGUCAGGACCGUCUUGGUUGCGGGGUAGUCCAAGGCAUUAUCCUAGGGUGAAGGAGAUAGUUCCCACAGUAGACAGCAAGGUUGAAGAGAAAAGGUCAUUUGUUGUUAACCUAAUCACAAGUGCAAGGUCAUUGUUUGGAAUUGGCAAUGUCAUUAGCAUAACGAGCGAAAUGAAUGAUGGAGAAUGCGAGUGGAUAAAGUCAGCCCAGCUAGAGUUACGAGAGCAACCCGAGUUUAAGCAGUUAGAAAGACAGUACGGACUGAUAGAAAUGAACGGGAUACUGCAUUGUACGGGAAGAUUGGGUGAAUCAGAUUUGGAGGCAGAAGCUAGAGAGCCGAUUGUUUUGCCUAGGAGACAGUAUUUCACAGAGCUAGUGAUUAGGCAGUGUCAUGAAUCUGUUAUGCAUGGGGGAGUUCGGAGCACGUUGGCGCAACUGAGGUCGAAGUAUUGGGUACCCAAGGGCAGACAGGAAGUUAAGAGAGUGAGCGGUGGAUGUGUAGCUUGUAAACGAUGGAACACUGAAGUUGAAGCUAAUUUGAAUUCUAGACCCUUAACGUAUGAGUACGAGGAAGUGAAUAGUGAAGUACUUACUCCUGCACAUUUAGUCUAUGGUAGGCGCAUCGUGACAUUACCCGAUAGCAAGGACUCAAAAAUUAAUGAUUUAGGACAAGAUUCGACUAGAACAAACACUAGGACACGAUUCAAACAUUUAAGUGCCAUACUGGAGCAUUUUUGGAGCAGGUGGAAACGGGAGUAUCUCACGAAUCUUCGGGAAUUUCAUAAGGGUAAGAAAAGGGGGGAGUGGAAGACAGGUGUGAUUCAGGAAUUGAUUUGUGGCAAGGAUAAGGUCGUUCGUGGUGCAAGGGUUUGCGUGAUGACAAACGGUCGUCGCCAGGUGUUGAAUAGAGCGAUUCAGCAUUUAUAUCCAGUUGAGGUUAAAGACGAGAGUAAGGUUGAAGGAAGGAGGAUAUAG